AGGUGAUAUAGAGUGAACGCUAGCCAGGUGUGGGUUAUCAGUAUUUUUGUCCCUGUCGCUCUAUUUGAGAGUUGGUGAGGUAAAGCGAGAUAGCAAAAAACAAUUGAUUUAUAAUCAUGCUUCGCUUGAUACUCCUUAGUGCCUUGGCGGGUGUCGCUGCACCAAUACUAUACUUCUACUUCCAAAGCCCCCCUCCGUUACCAGACAUCGACCUGGAAGAGUGGUGGGGGCCCAAGCUAGCCAAAUCAAAAUACAAUGACAGUAUCGUACCUUUCCAAGUAGACUUUAGUAAUUUGAUCGUCAAAGACAUAAAGGAUCGUCUACGAGACCGCCAUCCGCUGACUCCGCCGCUAGAAGGAAUAGCUUUCGAAUAUGGCUUCAACAGCAAGCAGCUGGAGUCGUGGCUGAAGUACUGGGCGGAGGAAUAUCCAUUCAGCGCCCGUGAAAAAUACAUGAACCAAUACAAACAUUACAAGACAAACAUUCAGGGCUUGAAUAUACACUUCGUGAGAGUAACGCCAGAGGUACCAGCAGGUAAAGAGGUGGUGCCACUGCUGCUUUUGCACGGAUGGCCAGGGUCAUUCCUGGAGUUCUAUGAUGCUAUACCGCUCCUCACUGCUGUGAAUAAGGACAGUGAUUUCGCAGUCGAGCUGAUUAUACCCAGUCUACCUGGCUAUGGCUUUUCUAGUGCUGCAGUUCGUCCUGGGUUAGGAGCUGAUAAGGUCGCUGUUGUGAUGCGAAACCUGAUGUCUAGACUUGGUUACAAGAAGUACUACAUCCAAGGUGGAGAUUGGGGCGCAAUAAUUACCAGCAUUAUGACAACCUUCUUCCCAAACGAAGUGUUGGGCUACCACACCAAUAUUGCAUUUUUGAUGACUCACCGAUGGGCUUCGAUAGUUCGUGUCUUGGGCUCAAUAUAUCCCCCCCUAGUGGUCGGUUCCGACGUGGCCGACAGGAUGUAUCCUUUGGGAGAACACUUCAGCUAUCUGACGGAGGAGUCGGGAUACUUGCACAUUCAGGCUACUAAACCAGAUACUAUUGGCGUAGCCCUUGCCGACACUCCAGCAGGAUUGGCAGCGUACAUUCUAGAAAAAUUCUCCACCUGGACUAAACCGGAGUACCGCUCACAACCCGACGGCGGUCUCACGCAGCGCUUCCCGAAGGAGAAGCUCAUUGAUAACGUGAUGGUCUACUGGGUCACCAACAGCAUCACCUCAUCUAUGAGAUUGUAUUCUGAAACGUUCAACAAGAGGUUCCUUGGGUUGGGCCUUGAUCAAAUACCAACCCCAGUCCCAACCAGCGUUAUGCAGGCGAAGAAUGAGCUCGCCUUCGAACCGGAGUGGAUCUUGAAGACGAAAUACCCGAACCUUCUGCAAGCCACCGUCCUUGAUGAUGGCGGUCACUUCUUGGCCAUGGAGUUACCUGAUGAGUUCGCUAAGGACGUUUUAAAUGCGAUCGCUAAGUUCAGGAAUUGGCAUAGGCAGUAUAGUAGAAGCGAGCUGUAAAUAAACUUUGUUAUAAAA